GUUUAGUCAGUGUUGUUUGAUGAAUGAGCUCCGUACGUUACUCUCUCUGUUCCGCUCUGCGCCCCAUCAACGUCUCUGCUGCUCGGAUGGGCGUGAGUCCUUAAUGCUACCCAGUUGUCCAUCGAGCACCAUGGGAAAGAAGAGUCGAGUAAAGACUCAGAAGUCGGGCUCAGGAGCCUGCGCUGUGGUUUCCCCCAAGGAAAUGAUGAACCUAAUCGCUGAACUGCUGCAGAAAUGCAGUAGUGCAGCACCAUCUGCUGGUAAAGAGUGGGAGGAGUACAUCCAAAUCAGAGGCUUGGUGGAGAAGAUCCGCAAGAAACAGAAGGGUUUGUCAAUCAUAUUUGAGGGCAGCAGAGACGAUUACUUUCCAGACUUGAUGUCUUGGGCUCAGGAAAACGGGGCUUCCUGUGAUGGCUUCACAGUGGCCAACUUCGGAACGGAGGGCUACGGUUUACGGGCCACCAGAGACAUCAAGGCGGAGGAACUGUUCCUGUGGAUUCCCAGGAAAAUGUUAAUGACUGUGGAGUCGGCCCAGGCCUCUGUACUGGGUCCUCUGUACAGCCAAGACAGGAUCCUGCAGGCCAUGGGCAACGUGACGCUGGCCCUCCACCUGCUGUGUGAGCGGGCCAACCCUGCUUCCUCCUGGCUGCCAUACAUCCGCAGUCUUCCUCAAGAAUACGACACGCCGCUUUUCUACCAGCAGGAUGAGGUGCAGGUGCUGCUGGGCACGCAGGCAGUGCAGGACGUCCUGAGCCAAUAUAAGAACACUGCACGCCAGUACGCUUACUUCUACAAACUGGUACAGACCCAUCCCGCCGCCAGCAAACUGCCCCUGAAGGACAGCUUCACAUUUGAUGACUACAGGUGGGCGGUGUCCUCGGUGAUGACCCGGCAGAAUCAGAUCCCGACUGAGGACGGAGGCCGGAUCACUCUGGCCCUCAUCCCCCUCUGGGACAUGUGUAACCACACCAAUGGACUGAUCACCACCGGCUAUAACCUGGAGGAUGAUCGCUGUGAAUGUGUGGCGCUGCAGGACUACAAGGAGAACGAACAGAUCUACAUCUUCUACGGCACGAGAUCCAAUGCCGAGUUUGUCAUCCACAACGGCUUCUUCUUCCAAGACAACGCCCACGACCGAGUGAAGAUCAAGCUGGGCGUCAGUAAGAGUGAGCGCCUUUACGCCAUGAAGGCCGAAGUCCUGGCACGAGCCGGCAUCCCAGCGUCCUGUAUCUUUGCUCUGCACUGUAAUGAACCCCCCAUUUCUGCCCAGCUGCUAGCCUUUCUCAGAGUCUUCUGCAUGACAGAAGAGGAACUGAAGGACUACCUGCUCGGAGACAGUGCCAUCAAUAAGAUCUUCACCCUUGGCAACAGUGAGUUCCCCGUCAGCUGGGAGAACGAAAUCAAGUUGUGGACUUUCCUUGAGACCCGGGCUGCUUUACUGCUUAAGACCUACAAGACCACCUCACAGGAGGACCGCUCCAUGCUGGAGAAACCUGAUCUAACUCUCCAUUCCCGCGUGGCGAUCCAGCUCCGCCUGGCCGAAAAGCAGAUCCUAGAGAAGGCGUCGGCCAGCGGACGGGCCAAGCGUCUGCGCUUUGAGAAGAAGCUGGAGGAGGGCGCUCCAUUACCUCGGUAUGAGGAGAGCGACAUCGCUUUGCUGGAGAAUACUGACGCAGAUGCAAAGCUUCCCAUCAUCCUGCACAAGUUGGAGGAAGUGGAAGAAGGCCAGGAGAUCCAGGUGGAGGAGCACAGUCACCUCCUGAACGGGGAGAAGGCUGUGUAUGCUUUGGAUAUGGAGGCUAAUGGAGAGCCAGUGCAGGAGGAGACUGAGGAGCAGGUCAGCAAAGAUGUUAAUCCAGCUUUGGACUCAAUUGGAAGUUCAACCCAGAAGGGCCAAAGGCAAGUGGCCGAUCUAAGUGCCAGUCGAACUGAAGACGAUCCCAAAGAGAACAGUGAAUAAAUACAUUUCACUUACUGCCACUUACAGGCCAUGCUAUUUAUUUAUUUUUGUGUCUCUUAAAUGACUCAGAAAUAUAAAAGCUGAAAAAAAUUGUAAUUCAAAGUCGCAGAAGUUUUUUCAACUGUAUGUUAAUCCAGUGUGGCUUUUUCUUAGUUGUCUGCUGCUGAACUGGUUUUAAAAUGCUGCCAGCGUGUCCCUCAGCGUUCUGUGCAGAACAGCUUUUGACUAAAAUUAGCUUUUUUUGAAGUUUCAAACACUUAGGUUUACAUUAAAACAGUCGGAGCAUAGGAAGACAGCGGAGGGGACACUGGUUCCAGCGAACUGUUAGCUAAAUGUUAUUUCCACAAAGCCAAAAUGUCUCUAAUCUUGUGAAUUGGUUUGCUUAUUGCUGCAGUUUGUCUCCAUACAUGUCCAGUACACUUUGAGUUGACAAUCAUAUUUUUCUAGUGCAUUCUGGGGUACUGAGUUAAGACAGUCACUGCCCUCUAUUCCCUUUUUGUUUCUAGUUAAAAUCAUUUCAAACAAAACAUAAAAUCAUGAGCCUAGUUUGACAACACAUGGAGGAUGUUUUUUUGCUUUUUUUUUUUUAAUGAAAGCUUUUUUUUUUUGCUUUUUUUUUUUUACCAUAAAUUGAACUUUUUUUAUGUUAUGGUGUUGCAGCCCUUAAGACAGAAACAAAGAGUUAUGUUGUAUGUUUUCUCAUGAAUGUACUCAGUUUACGUUGCAGAGAUUAUGUGACCCAGUGAUCACUGAGAAAGCCAUAUGCAGUACUGAGGACUUAAUGAGACAGAAGAAGAAGAAGAUGACAGUUUAUGUGAGUUUUUUCACCCGCCUAAAAAAAAUAGGCAAUUUCAACGUGACACCUUUUUGUAUGAAAAACACGACAGCACUGUCAGUGUGUUUGUGAUCUCUUUAGUGUGUGUUAACUGUAGGGGUGGCCCCAAUAACUCAGUGAUACGACUAGAGUCACUUCUGACUGAACUAUGACAGUAAAAACAUGGUGGGAGGAGACAAGCAAUUUUUGGCCUUGAUUCUUAUCAGUCAGAACAUUUUACCUUAUUGUACAAAAUGUAGUUGUGGGUUUAAUCCUUGACCUAAACCACUUAAGGGAUACGCGAGGUGAAAUUCAAACAUCAUAACCUGAAAUGUCCAUUAACUCACACAUUACUUUGUGAAGCUCCUUUGUGCUUCGACUCUACUACAGUUUUGCAGGGACAUUUUUAUAGUGGUACUUUAUGUGGCUUAAUAGCAUUACAUGGUUAUAUGUUGACAUCUCAAAUCAAGUUCCUCCCACUGGUUUUAUUUGAGCUUUUGAUUGCAUUUCACAGUCUUCAUCAGAACAUGUAAUUGUUGGUUAACGUGUCGUCAUGUCACCUGUUUAUGCAACUUGGUUCAUGUCAUAACAAGUGGUUGUAUUUAGUGAUAAUCAGUGGUGAACACCCAAAGUCCACUCUCUCAUUUAGUAGAAUCACUGCACUUCCAGUCUGACUUAGUGUUCUGCUGUCCGACCCAUCUACAGCCAAUCAGGAGAGAAGACUGUAGCACCCAAUGAAUCAUUUCCUGAAAAUGCACUUGAUCGAACAUGUAAGAAAAGCAAGUAAUGUAAUAACUAACUUGACCAAUAAUGUAAUUAAAUGUCCUGACUGAUACUGUAGUAAAAUUUUUACUGAGAUGUAAAGUGUGCAAGUUUACGAUUUACAUGUUUCAUGAUCACUUUACAACAGAUGGCUAGUGCAUUGUUAUCAGGCAAAGAUUUAUGAAACUAAAAUGACCCACCCAUACCCAUGCUGAUUGGUCAGCCUGUUCACCCCUAAAAAACGUCAGUACAGGCAGCAAAAACGAGCUAUAUUAACAUAUUUUGAGCUAUAUUUACGGGGUUCGAGUCCUGUUUGAAAACAAAAGUAAAUGAUUUUUGACUGAAGUUACGUUGUUUACAUAAGUUACAUGAAUCAAAUUAUUGUUUCAACGUAACUUAGGUUUUUUUUUGCGUAAAUUGCGGUAUUCACGUUCACAUUUAAGUAAAUGUAUAUUCUCUUUAAACUUCUUUUAUAGCGUCUUACCAGGAAGGUUUUUCUCCUGAACCUCGGUCAGUGGUUUUAUGACAUAAAUCCACAGUAACUGCAGCCUUUUUUACAACCCUGAGUGUGCGACAAGACAAGAUGAAGGCAAAACAAUCCAUGAAAUAUUAUUUUUCAACUGAGUCAACAGUUAUUCUUCUUAUGUCUUCUUUACCUGGUCUGAUAUAUUGAAUAUGGUAUUCAAAAACUGCUUUGAAUGGAAUUUGAGAGUAAAAGUUAAUUUGUAAUGCAUGAAUUCAUUCAAAAGUAGAAACUCAAUUGUUUUACCUUUUAUUACAUUAUUGGUCAAGUUGUUACAUCACUGGGUUUUAUUCUAUUUUUGAUCAAGUUAAGUGCAAAUUGUAUUACAUUGUCAGGAAAUGAUUCCAUCACUGGCUGCUACAAGGAUUUUAGAACUGAACUAUGAGCACCCUUUUCUUUAUUUGACUGUGUGGCAAAGUAAUGUCUUCUCACAUGCUCAACAUGAAUAUAUGGUCUUUGACGUUGGAUGUCUUCCUGCCAACCUGGUCUCACAGAAAUCCGUGAAAUAGCCACAGAAUCGCUCAAAUUUCCGUGAAACUGACACGGAUUUCGCUACAAUGCAAGUUAAUGACAGUCAUAUCCCAUGGCUAUUGGUUUGUUCCAAGUCACGUGACUUUCAAGGUCCCAGCGGUCAGAACAAAAAACAUGGCGGACAGUUCUCUCAUUUUUAGUGAAAAAUCAAUAUUUUGAUCACAUUUCUAGCGAGAAAUAUAUGUUUUAUUUUCUAAAUAUUCACUCAGUGAAUGUACAUAAUCACUUUGUAUGUUGGAAUAGCCACGGGAUGUGACUGUCAUUAACUUGCAUUGUAGCGAAAUCCGUGUCAGUUUCACGGAAAUUUGAGCGAUUCCGUGGCUAUUCCACGGAUUUUGAGUUAAGCGAAAUCCGUGGCUAUUUCACGGAUUUCUGUGAGACCAUGUUGCUUCCUCCUUAUGGACACGUACUCCUUUGACUCUCUGAACAUCUCCCCCACACACAACCACAUGGUAUAAUGUGAUCAAAGUGCCAUAUUUACAGUAAUUCACAUGGUGACACCUAAACCAACGCUUUUGAAACUAAAAGAACUUCAUUAACUGAUGAAGACGAGAAUGAGCUGCAAUUCUCUUGACUGAUACAUCACAACUACAGUAGAAUAAAAAGGUUCAACUUAAGCUUCCAUAAAGGCGAGCUGGACUAUAUUUUCUGGCUCUGCCCUCCUUCUUAUCUGAAGUAGGUUCCUAUAUAGAUUAGAUAAAUAAGUUCAAUGUGCCUUGUUCUCCACUCUCUCUACAGUGGAGCAGGUGGGUCAAAUGUUAUUGCUUAAAGAAAUGAUAACCAAAACUAUAAAAAUAAAAUAGAACUUUGUUUUGGGACUGUCGGCGAAGCUGCUUCUCAUGUUUGCUGUGACUUUUCUCUGGCUCUAAGAUGAAAGAUUCUUUAGUUUUAAUAUCCCGUUUCAAAUUUGCUUGAACAGAGUGGACCACACACUGUUGCUGGAGUCAAGUUUGGUGGGUUGUUUAAAGAAGGUGGCGCAAUUAAUAAAAACAUUUUUGAAAUCUCUUUAAA